UUGUUCUCUCUCUCUCUCUCUCUCUCUCUCUCUCUCUCUUUCUCUCUCUUUCUCUUCGAGUGAAACGGCUUUCCACACCCCGGCGCGGUCCUGGACACGUCUAGGAGGUGGUGGUGGCGACGUCGCGGAAGGAGGCGCGGAGGAGCCGACGGCGACGACGACGACGGCGAGAUGCGCGAGUUCAAGGUGGUGGUCCUCGGCUCGGGCGGGGUGGGCAAGAGCGCACUCACCGUCCAAUUCGUAUCCGGUUGCUUCAUGGAGAAGUACGAUCCAACAAUCGAGGAUUUCUAUCGCAAAGAGAUCGAGGUGGACAACUCGCCAUGUGUCCUCGAGAUCCUUGACACUGCCGGCACCGAGCAGUUCGCGUCGAUGCGCGAUUUGUACAUCAAGAACGGUCAAGGUUUCGUCGUGGUGUAUAGCUUGACGAAUCAUCAAACCUUUCAGGAUAUCAAGGCGAUGAAGGAGCUCAUCACGCGUGUCAAGGGUACGGAACGCGUGCCGGUGCUACUUGUGGCGAACAAGCUCGACCUGGAGCAUCAACGGGAGGUCGGCACUGAGGAAGGCCACCAGCUCGCGCAACUCUGGGGCUGUCCGUUUGUCGAGGCAAGCGCCAAGAAUCGUACCAACGUCAAUGAGAUGUUCGCCGAGAUUGUGCGCGAGAUGAACUUCAGUCCUGAGAAGGAGAAGAAGACCUAUUGCUGUUGCAGCGUCCUCUAAUACUUAAUCAAAAUCGACGUUCGCCCGGAUUUACCCGCGGACCGAACUAAGGUGAUGGAAGUAUACAGUGUGUACAGUGCUUCGGGAAAAGAGCUCGUCGACGUUAACUCGACGAUAUGGUUUUUCGCCGUUCUGCUAAAGGGAUUCUUUUUGCAUCUCUUACCUGGCCUGCUGAGGAACAUGCUAAGGAAAGAUGAUACAGUGUACAGUGGCUUAUGGGCAGAGCUCUCGUCAAUGUGUUACGUCGUCCUGAAGGAUCUCCUUUCGAAGAACCAUCUUUUGGAUGUCCUAUCGACCUUGAGAUGUGCCGUGCAUCUGUCAAGGCUAACUUAUAUCGGACGCUGUAUGAAUUUUCCAAAAUGGAAACUAUGGUUCUCUUCUUUUCUAACUUUCGAAAGACCGUCCGGCGAGAGACGGCUGUUAAACACAGAUAUUUUAUUAUAUGCGAAUAAUAUUAUGUAUG